CAGCAUCUGCGCAUGCGCACCCCCUCCCCGUCCAUGUUAUCUUGGCGGAAGAGGAGUUAGCUUGGAAGAGGCUAACGGCUAGCUUAGCGCACACGCUUCACGUCCGGCGCCGCGGAUAAGAGUCGGCAGAGCCCGUCUCGGCGACCGAGAGCUACCGUCAUGGCCACCGGUCGUUGCUCCGCCAGGCGGCGGGUUAGCGAGGAGGACUGGGUCGGUCCCGCAGGUGUUAUGUAAGAGGCCGCUAGCCGAGCUAAGCUAACGUUAGCCUGUGACGAUGAGUCAAGAAAUGUCUCCGGACUUCGUGUUGAUGCGCCUCGUCUCCGCGGCCGAGUACGACCACCUGGACAAGCCGGAACAUCUCGUGUCCGGGAAAGCCGGGCUGGGUCACAGCGGCGGGUUCGAUGUCGAUUCCGGAGUGCACCCGCCAGCCCUCGGCUUGGCCUCUCCUCACUACAGUUCACCUCUGCCCGGCAAAGGUGAACUGGAAGCCGGGCUGCUCUUGACUGACGUCCCCCCGGGCUCGUGCUCGGGCUCGGAGGUGCCGCCGUCCCGCCCACCGACGGAGGACUUCGCUGUCGCGGCUCAGUGCUUUGUGGAUUUCCCGCUGGCGCACGGACACGGUCCGGAGGGGGCCGGGUCUGGGGCGCAGCUGAUGGUGUUCCAGAACCUGCUGCGCUCCACUGACCGGAUCCUGGAGUUCGGCUUGGAGAAGCCCUCCCAUUCGGGAUUCCUGCAGGAGGAAGGAGAGGCACAGCAAAUGGACUCGGGAUCAGGUUGCGGUCCGUCUGGUCCCAGACAGGACCAGAAUCAGCGCUGCAUCCUGUCUUCAGAGAAGAACCCUCAGUGGCGUCCAGAAGGCACGAAUGGAUCCCAUCCUGGUCUCGCCCCUUCUGGGUCGGUCAUCUGCCACCGACACUGCCUGGCUAAAUGGCCCCCAGGCCUGCUGGAUCAGGCCCUGCGUCUCGGCCUGCUGCAUCCCAGGAAGAACUGUGGUACUGGUGACAAGGACCUGGUCCUGGCUCUGGCGCGGAGACUGCAUCAGCUGGGGGAGGAGAGGGUGGCGAGUGGGGUGGGGGAUGAGACGGUAGCUCCCCUCCCUCGGUGCUCCUGUCUACUGGAGCCUGGGACCAAGGGACUGGGACCAGGAGAGGACCCAAGUGAGACCAGUGAUGCUCUGCUGGUACUGGAAGGGUUGGGAAGCCACGAGGCAGGUCGACCCGGAGGGGAGGGGGGGACAAGCGGGAGGGUGGGGCCUGUGUUUUCCACUGGGACUCUCAGCAGGCUGAUGCAGCAGGUCCACAGACUGGCCGGGGAGGCGGGGGUCUGCACGGGUCAGACCUGGCAUAGCUCGCUAGACAGACAACCCACCCAGCCCCAAACUCUCUCGCCCUGCGUCCCCUCAUGUCCCACCCCCGACCUCCGGCCUCUCCCGCAAGGUCAGCACCAGUCCCGUUCACAGCCACAGAGCCGGGCCGCCACCCCCAAAUUGGGCCUUGCCACGGGGGGAGCGGGCCGGUCUGCGUCCCCUCUGGUGGUCCUUGAAGGUGACCUGGGGGCAGAGAGGACACCCAGGGGAAAAUCCAGGAAAGGGGGGUCGCUGAAGGUCAGACUCAGCAAACUGUUCAGAACCAAGAGCUCUGGUGGCGGCCCAGGGGGGGUCCUGGACAAGCGGCCGUCCCUCGCCUCGUCCACCUCCUCGGGGGGGAGUCUUAUGGACGUGUGGGCGUCCAACGUGGAGGAUGGCGGCAGGCUGCAGACGUGCACGCCACCUUUCACGGGGGAGACCGUCUCUCUGCUGGACGUGGACAUUUCUCACAGGGGGGCCAACUGUCUCCACCCCCCAACUCCACCUCCUCCCCCUAGACGGAGCCUCAGUCUGCUUGAUGAUUUUGGGGGUCCUCCUCAGCCGCGGGGUUCACUGGCAGAGUGCGGUGGGGGUGCGUCGAUGCAGUCUCUGCCCCCCAGGCCAGUCGCCCCGCCCCCCUCCCUGAGAGCCAUGCACCACAGCCUGAGUCUCAGCGGCGAAGCGCUGGCCAGCCGGCAGCCGACACGUGCGUCGUCGUCAUGGUGCGGCCUCUCCUCAGACGCCUUCCUGCGGGCACUACCCAGACCCGUUCCGCUGCGGUCCGUGGAAGAUCAGCCACUCCCUCCCCGGCUGGGCGCCCGCUGCCCCCUCAAACGUCCUGAUGCCGGCACCUUCGCCAGCAGCCUACGGGAACUGGAGAAGUGCGGCUGGUAUUGGGGCCCGAUGACCUGGGAGGAUGCUGAGAUGAAACUGAAAGGCAAAGAAGACGGCUCCUUUCUUGUUCGGGACAGUUCGGACCCGCGUUACAUCCUCAGUCUGAGCUUCAGGUCGCAGAGCGUCACGCACCACACGCGCAUGGAGCACUACAGAGGGACCUUCAGUCUGUGGUGUCACCCCAAGUUUGAGGACCGCUGCCACUCGGUGGUGGAGUUCAUCGAGCGGGCCAUCGCGCACUCCAAGAAUGGAAAGUUCCUCUACUUCCUGCGCUCCCGGGUCCCAGGUUUGCCUCCGACGCCUGUCCAGCUGCUGUAUCCCGUGUCGCGUUUCCACAGCAUCAAGACCCUGCAACACCUGUGCCGCUUCUGCAUCCGCCAGCUGGUUCGCAUCGACCACAUCCGGGACCUGCCCCUGCCCACGCCACUGAUCGCGUACCUGCGCAAGUUUUACUACUAUGACCCUGAGGAGGAGGUGGCCCCGCCUCCAAGGGAGCGCACGGAGGCCGGCGCCUCGCACACCAGCACGUGAGUGACGUUUUUCCCAGACGGAACACCCCGCCUACUUUGGUCUUUCACAUCCUGGACCGGCCGUCGUGCCGAGCUCUCUCAUUGGCUCAUGAGGUCACCUCUGCUGAUGUCAUCGUUCGUGAGGAUGCUAACGUGAAAGACAUGCACGCACGCUAGCUGUCAGUCAACCCAAGUGGGUGGCACCCUCUUGCCGACUUUGUGGCCUGAUGAUGUCAUGGGACUGCAGAAUGAUGAUGUCAUGCAAGGUGGGAGGGGACACAGCGGUCAAUAAAGGUGGGCGUGGCUUC